GUUUGAUGCCCAUUAGCACCUUUAGUCCUUGAUACUCAUCAAGGAUGUCGUUACGUUAUCACGCCGGUGUCUGAGGCAAUUAAGGCGGCGGCUUAAACGUUUUCUCAGGGCGGGCCGUUUGGCUUAAUGUAUGCACGACGAGUUACGGCAAACGUCAUACAUCAGGAGAUGUAAGUCCGAUACGUGACUUGCAAUUAUGGGAUGGGUAGUCGGCCCCGAUGCAUUGUAGGAAGGUAUUGAUUAUCAGACAGGCCUCCGUCCAGGAGAGGCCGUGGCUGGGAUGUGGUCGAGCCGGUGGAGCUACGCGUGCGCACUGAUGUCACCAUCUCCUUCCCGGCCCUGACUCGGGCUCGCUCGACGCAGGGGAAGUCAUGCUGCCGGGCGAGCCCUCCCCCAUCCUCUAGGAGCCAACCGAUCCCGACCCGCAGCCGCGAAGAGGUCUCUAACGUGGCCCCUUUGGAAGCCAUGGAGGUCGAUACCACAAAAGACAUGGGGAAAGAGGACUCCUUUACCCCGCUUGCCUUAGCCGCCACCCCGGACGUACGGGAGGUGAAGCCCGUGCAAUGUGUGCCAACAUCCACCGUGGGCACGGGCUACACCUCAUACCGCAAGCCGUCCCGGUUCCGACGGUUUGCCAUGGAUACAGACAUCCAUGGCAUGAAACACCUCAUCAAGCGGGGACCGAUCCGGCGUACCGCCUGGGUGCUCAUGCUACUCCUCUCUCUCGGCCUCAUGUCCUUUGAGUGCAUGGAAAGCCUUAUCUAUUACUUUGAAUACCAUCAUGUCACCAAAGUAGAGCUACAAUACGCGAAGAACAUGACCUUCCCGGCGGUAACUAUCUGUAACAUGAACAAAUACCGGAGGUCAGCGCUUAAGAUGAGGGAUCUGGCGACCGUCGGACCGUAUAUAGGGAUAGUGGAUCAGACCAAAUUCCAGCUAAAGAACGAACAUUUAUAUCCUAAGGAUUGGGUGGACUUCGUCAAAAUGCAUGAUUUAAAGACGAUAUCAAAGACAUCACGAUUUCCAGAACUGUCCAAAUUUGUCAAGCGCGUCGGACAUCAAAUCAAACACAUGAUCAUCAACUGCGAACGCGAGACGACAAACUCAAACUUUUCUCCUAGAUGCUCGGAAAAAAACUUCACGCACAUAUUCACGCAUCUCGGCAACUGUUUCACAUUUAACGCGGCACCAGUCUCUGGGGGAACCGUGCUCUCUUCAAGCAAGCCCGGAGAGGGAAAUGGACUUAAAGUAACCAUCAACAUCGAGAAUGACGAGUACAUGGCCACCGAUGACGUCGGUGGUGACGCAAUGGAUGCCGGGAUAAAGGUCAUGGUUCAUCCCCAACACGAACCGCCAUUUGUAAAAGAGUUAGGCUUUGCGGUUUCACCAGGGUUUCACACGUUUGUGGCUAUCAGGAAAGAAGUGAUCACAACACUUCCCGCACCUUACGGUGACUGUCAGGAAAAAGGGAGCCAAAAAUACUUUCCCCACUACUCGUUAUCGGCCUGUCGGAUAGAGUGUGAGACAGAAUACGUGAUUAAUGAGUGUGGGUGCAGGCUAGUAGAAAUGCCAGGUAUGUCAGGAAACGUCCCCGUGUGUACCCCGAAAAUGUACGAGUGUGCAUAUGGCAAGCUAUUGGCAGUCACGGAGGGCGAUUUAUGCGCCUGCCGAUCACCAUGUCACAACGUCCAGUACAACGUCAAGUUGUCGACACUCAAGCUGCGGCCAAAAAGCGUGGCGGAAGUACAAAGGAUGGAGGCCGAUUUUGAGAUGUCAGACAAGCAAAUUCAUGACAACAUUGCGGUUCUAAACGUAUACUACGAGGCUUUAAACUAUGAGUCGAUCGUACAGAUCCCAGCCAUCGAGACAGAGGGGCUAUUGGGUGACCUUGGCGGGCAGAUGGGACUAUUUCUGGGCGCGAGUUUCCUUACACUGGUGGAGGUAUUCGAAUAUCUUAUGGACGAGCUCUAUGGGAGGGUGCUCAAGAGAUGUUGCCGGUGCAAGGCUACCGCAUCUGCCCACUCCGGAUCACCCUCGGCGGACGUUCUGAGUGUGAACAUCAACGGCAGUGCCACACAGCUCCCGCAGACCAGCCGCGUCGGAGAGCGGCCACGAGUACAGACCGCUGGAACAAAUGACAACAUUUUGGUGCUAAACGUAUACUACGAAUCCCUGAACUACGAACUGAUUCAGCAGAUGCCGGCAAUCGAAACGGAGGGGCUUCUAGGUGACCUGGGAGGACAGAUGGGACUCUUCCUGGGCGCCAGUUUUCUGUCACUGGUGGAGAUAUUCGAAUACCUGAUGGACGAGCUCUACGACUAUGGGAAAGUGCUCAGGAGAUGCUGCAAGUCCAAAGCAGCAUCGGGAGCAACCAACUCUUCCCAUUGUGCUGACGUCGUGAAUUUGAACAUCAACGGCAGUGCCACACAGCUUCCUCAGACCAGCCGCGCAUGACGUGAGACUUUGGGGACGGCGCCAAAUGUUGUACGUACUUAGCCUCCGUUGCAGUCUUCGGAACGGUGCG